AUGGCGCUGCAGGCGGCCCCUCGCCCAGGACGCGGUACCGGCCCGGCGGAGCCCCGCUCCGUGGUGGGCCGGGUCGGCGAGGGCGCCGUCCUGGGCUGCGACCUGCUGGGCGCCCCGCGCGGCCGCCCCCCGCUCUACGUGAUCGAGUGGCUCCGGUUGGGCUUCGCCUUGCCCAUCUUCAUCAAGUUCGGCCUCUACUCGCCCCGCGUCGACCCGCAGUACCGAGGUCGCGUGCGGAUCGAGGAGGGCGCCUCGCUGCGCAUCGACCUGCUGCGCGCCGAGGACCAGGGCUGGUACGAGUGCCGCGUGCUCUUCCUGGACCGGCCCAGCACCGACGACGACUUCCAGAACGGCACCUGGAUCCACCUCACCGUCAACGCACCCCCCACCUUCCUGGAGACCCCCCCGGCCUUCGUGGAGGUGCGCGACCGGGCUGCGCUGAGCCUCACGUGCACGGCCGCCGGCAACCCCCAGCCCGUUGUGACCUGGAAGAGGAGCGACCUGGCUGUCCAGAGCGGGGACACGGUGCAGGUGAGGAACGGGACGCUGAGCAUCGCCGUGGUGGAGCGGGCCAGCGCGGGCACGUACACCUGCCAUGCCUCCAGCAAGGAGGGCACCGUCACCCACACCACCCGCGUGCUCGUGCAGGGGCCGCCCGUCAUCGUGGUGCCACCUCAGAACAUCACCGUCAACGUCUCCCAGGACGCCUUCCUGGCGUGCCAGGCCGAGGCCUAUCCCGGCAACCUCACCUACACCUGGCUGCAGGGCAACAGCAACGUCUUCCAUCUCGGCCACCUCCAGGCUCGAGUCCGUGUCCUGGUGGACGGCAGCCUCUUACUGCAGAGAACGACGCCCGAUGACGCUGGCAAAUACACCUGUAUCCCCAGCAAUGGGCUGUGGAAGCCACCUUCUGCCUCAGCCUUCGUCACAGUGCUGUACCCUGCGGAGGUGACCACCAUGCUCCCAGAGACCCACCUGCCCAAGGGGAUGCAGGGGGUGAUCCGGUGCCCCGCCAGGGCCAACCCCCCUCUGCUCUCGGUGAGCUGGACUAGAGAUGGGCGCCCGCUGGAGCUGGACAAGUUCCCUGGCUGGUCCCUGAGAUCUGAUGGCUCCAUCAUCAUCGCGACGGGCAACGACGACGCGCUGGGGGUCUACGCUUGUACCCCGUACAACAGCUACGGCACAGCCGGCGAGUCGCGGCCCACGCGGGUGCUGCUCAAGGACCCUCCCGCCUUCACGGUGCGCCCCAAGGAGGAAUAUUUCCAGGAGGUGGGCCGGGAGCUGGUGAUCCCCUGCAUGGCCCACGGGGAUCCUCCACCCACUAUCACAUGGGUGAAGCUGGGCAGUGCAGGGAAGAACGGCGCCCAGGUAGAUGCCAACAGCAGCCUCGUCUUCCGCCCGCUCAUCAAGGAGCAGCACGGGGUCUGGGAGUGCAUGGCCAGCAACCAGGUGGCCCACAUCAGCGCCGCCACCUCUGUCCACGUGCUGGGUACCAGUCCUCACGCUGUCACCAACGUCUCGGUGCUCCCACUCCUGCUGGCAGCCAACAUCUCCUGGGAGCCCGGGUUUGACGGAGGCUAUUUCCAGAGGUUCAGCGUCUGGUACACACCACUGGUGAAGCAUCUGUCUCGGGCCCAUCACGACUGGGUGUCGCUGUCGGUGCCAGCUGGGGCUCAGCACCUCUUGGUGGAGAAUCUCCAGCCAGAUAUGAGCUACCAGUUCAGCGUCCUGGCCCAGAACAAGUUGGGCAGUGGCCCCUUCAGCCAGAUUGUCACCUCCGUGCCCAGGGGCUUCCCGCUGACCACGGUGCCUCCAGAGCCGCCUGCCAUGACCAUACGGAUCUUCCUGUCCCCGCCGCAGUCUCUGACCGCCAACGAGACUGCGCGUGGGGUCCUGCUGCAGUGGGAACCCCCGGGCCAGUUGUCCGUGGCGCUGAGUGGCUACGCGCUGGAGCUGCGGCAGGACAAAGGUGGCUGGGAGGUGCUGGACCGCUCCAUCCCCAGCACGAAGACCCAGGUCUUGGUGCCAGGACUCAUCAAGGACGCCUUCUAUGAGUUCCGACUGGUGGCCUUUGCCGGCAGCUACAUCAGCGAUCCCAGCAACACGGUGAACGUCUCCACAGCAGGCAUGGAGGUGUAUCCGUCUCGCACCCAGCUCCCGGAGCUGCUGCCGCAGCCGGUGCUCGCUGGGGUCAUUGGUGGCAUCUGCUUCCUCAGCGUGGCCGUGAUCUUCAGCACGGUGGCCGCCUGCAUUAUGAACCGCCGGCGGGCCGCGCGCAUUCAGAAGCGAAGGCAAGAUCCACCACUCGUCUUCUCCCCCAGCAAGAAGCUUCCACUUCCACACAAUUCUCAUGGCUCUGGUAGCCCAGACAGUACCAUGAAGCUGAAGCUGCAGGCGUCUCCGUACCAAAGCCUGCGGCGGACGCUGCUGUGGGGCGAGAAGGCAGGAACGAGCCUGGGCCUCAGCAUCGCCGGCACCAGCUCCAGGUACGCGGUGUACGAGAGCCACGUCGGGGAGCACGUGCCCCUGGAGCGCAUCUGCCGGGGCCCGGACGGGCGCUUCGUGGUGGAGCCUGACCGGCGCGCGCAGGAGGGCAGCGACAGCGAGACGGAGCUGUACGCUCGGCGGGACCCCGCGGCCCGGCAGCCUGAGCCCUACCUGCAGCUGCACGCGGAGGAGCCCGUGUGGCGCACGGGGGGCUCGCUGCGCCCCCGCCAAGCGCGCCGGGCGAGCGGGGCGUCCGGCUGCCGCCAGGGUCGCUCCUUGGGGUGCGGCAGCAGCAGCAGCCCCGCGGGCGAGGGCGCAGCCUUGUGCAUCGUGGACGUGAGCCCCGUGGCCGCCUCCGCCGCCACCCUGCCUUACAGCAACGGCUCCCCCUCGCUCCGGCUCCCGCCGCCGGACAGCCCCGAGGUGCGGAGCGGCCGGCACAAAGGCGGCUCGCCGGCGCCCAGCGGCAUCCUGCAGUACUUGAGCCUGCCCUUCUUCAAGGAGAUGUGCGUCGACGGCGACUGGCCGCCCCCGGAGGAACCAGCGCCUCCAGGGAAUCCGGAGGGCGCCCUGCCGGAGGGCUUGGAGCGGACGGUCUGCACCAACUACAUGGACACAUGUGCCAAUGCCACGUCCCCGCCAGCCACCGCUUUCCUCAAGCCUCCCACGCCAUGCGUGGGCCCUGCAAAGGCCUCGCUGCCCGGCACGGCCGCCUGGAGCAGCUCCCCCACCCCAUUCCCGGCUCCGGAGCCGGUUUCUUGGACCCAGGCGUCCCCCAGCAGGACUGAGGCCGUGUCCCUGGGCGUCCCUGCGGCACAGCACGAAGCCACCGCGUUCGAGAGGCUGCCGCGGGGCAGCCUGACCAGCCAGAGCAGCGGCCGGGGCAGCGCGUCCUUCCUGCGGCCGCCCUCGCUGGCACCGUCGCCAGGGGGCAACUUUCUGGGCACCCCCCUGGAGGAAGGGGGCGGCUGGCAAAGCGGAGGCUCCGAGCAGGCCGAGGAGGAGGAGAGGCUGAGCAAGGAUCCAGCCCGCGCUAGCACAGGCAAGAGGAGGAACACGUCCGUGGACGAGAACUACGAGUGGGACUCGGAGUUCGCGCUGGAGUCGGACAUCCUGGCGGCGCUGCAGCUGCACCGCGCCGGCGACGCCGCGCGGCCCCUCUCCACCAUCGCCGUGCGCGACCUGCAGCGGCAGAAGCCGUCGGCGCCCAGCUCGGUGUCGGCGGAGGCGCUGGCGGAGCCGGCCGCCCGCUGCACGGCGCUGCGCCAGGAGUUCCUGGCCUACCGGCGCCGCAGGGAGGCCGCGCAGCAGCGGCGGCAGCGCCCGCCCGUCCGCGCCGAGCGCUUCGAGCUGGCCACGCUGCUCUAG